AUGACCUUCUCAACAGACAAGAUGCGGGAUGAAAAGAUCGAACGAGACGCGAGAAUGGACUCGGAAAUGGCCGGCGAGCUCGGCGAUGUGCCGCGAUUGACACGCCAGGUGCUGUGGAAGAUGGACGUCCGGUACAAGGCCGUGGCAUACGCUGACAGGCGCAGAAUAUUGCCCAUUCUCGCACUGCUAUUCCUCUGCUCGUUCAUCGAUCGCACCAAUGUGGGAAACGCGAAGAUCCUCGGCCUCCAAGCCGAUACACACAUGACCGACCAUGAGUACGCUAUCGGCCUCUGCGCCUUUUACGCGACGUACAUUGCGAGUGAACUUCCGAGCAACUUGGUCUUGAAAAAAAUGUCACCGCGCAUCUGGCUCCCGCUAUUGACCACUGUCUGGGGCGCGUUGACCAUGUGUCUCGGGUUUGUGAAGAGCUUUGGCUCCUUCGUGGCCGUUCGAGCGUUGCUUGGAAUCGCUGAAGGUGGUCUCCUGCCAGGCAUGGUCCUAUAUCUCUCGCAUUUCUACCGGCGCACAGAGCUUGCUCUUCGUAUCGGCAUAUUCUACACUGCCGCUUCUCUUUCCGGGGCCUUUGGUGGGCUGCUUGCUCGAGGCUUAAACGCCAUUGGCCACGCCGGAGAUCUGGACGGGUGGCGCUGGAUUUUUAUUGUUGAAGGUUUACUCACCGUGGCCAUAGGAGUCGUCAGCUACUUUGGGCUUCCAAACUCUAUCGAGGCCGCACGCUUUUUGACUGCAGAACAAAAGGCACAUGCUCGGCUACGCCUAGAGGAAGAAAACAGCGCACAUGAGCCAUUCUCUUGGGAGGAGGUCAAGCGCGGCAUUUUCAACCUUCAGGUUUGGCUUUCGGCGCUCGCAUAUUUCUGCAUCCUAUGCGGACUGUACAGCUUUGGUCUGUUCCUGCCUACCAUCAUCAACAACCUGAAGUUUGCCAGGGACCCGAACGAAGCCCAGCUCUGGACGGUCAUCCCGUAUGCAGUCGCAGCCGUGUGCACUGUAUUCGUCGCCAUCUUCUCUGAUAAGCUUGCACUGCGAGGCCCCGUCAUGCUCUGCUCUUUACCAAUUGCCAUCAUCGGAUACGGUGUCAUCUCGCAGACAACCAAUCCGCACGUCCAAUACGGUAUGACUUUCCUGAUGGCUACAGGAAUGUAUGCCUCCGUACCCUGUAUUCUUUCGUGGAACAGCAACAACUCGGCCGGUCACUACAAGCGUGCCACGACUUCGGCGCUGCAGCUCAUGAUUGCAAAUGCAGGAGGCUUCGUCGCGAGUUUUGUGUACCAGAAGAAAGAAGCUCCCCACUUUCACAAGAGCCACACAAUCAUGCUGGGACUGCUUUGUGCGGCAUGGCUCCUAAUCGCUGCGAACACGGCAUGGGUGUGGAAGCUCAACCGGGAUAAGGCGAAUGGAAAGAAUGCAGCCUGGGAAGGGAAGGGUGACGACAGAGAUCCGACCUUCAGGAUGGUGUUGUAGUGCAUGGCGGCCGGGAGAUGAAUAACUCCCCAUUCGAAUAGAAUAGCAAUGGAUGAUGACUA